AGGAUCCAGGGGGCAGCGUUUACCGUGGAGCCGGCGGCGGGUUGGAGGGGGCGGGUCCUGAGGCCGAGCUGGCCACGUGCCGCCGCGGCAGCUCCUUCGCUUGUUGUCGCUGCGGGCGCUUUGCAAACUUUGCAGGCUGCUGCAGCCGGGCCGGAGCCGGGGUGGGCAUUUUUCUCUCUCUCUCUCUCUCUCUCUCUCCUCUUUUCUUUUUUUGCAGAUCCCUCGCUGCUCUUCCCGUUUAUGCAAGCUCCCGCUAGCUGACCGCCGGCUGCUUUCUCACCCCAGCCUCUCCCAAAGUUGCAGCGGCGGCUCCGACCCGGGGGCGAGGGAUCUGGGAAAGUUGGCGAGGAUGUCGGCCGAGGAAGAAGGGAUGCUGGUCCGCCCGUUCAAACUCAUCGCGCUCCUCUGCGCCUUCAUCGCGCUCGCCCUCGACGUGGCCGCCCUGCUCAGCCCGGCUUGGGUCACGUCGGAACGCGAUUCCCUCUCCCUUUGGAAGACCUGCCGCCAGCCCCCGGAGGACUGGCUGUGCGUCUCCACUCUCCAGACCGACUGGCAAGUAGCUACUUUGGUGUUAAUCCUGACUUCAGCCACCAUCACUCUGCUGUCCUUUCUCAUGUCCCUGAUUUCCUUCUGCCUGGGUACCUACAAGAGCUAUUAUCGAGUUGCUGCCAUGCUCCUCUUCGCAGCAGUGGUUCUGCAGGUCUGCGCCUUGAUUCUUUAUCCCAUCAAAUUCAUCGACAGCAGCCUGCUGAAGAGCUACCACGAGUUCAACUGGGGAUACGGAUUGGGCUGGGGCUCCGCCAUCUUCAUGCUGGGGGCAGCCAUCCUCUACUGCCUGCGCACAGAUGUGUACGAUGAUGCCUACUACUGAGGCCGGCAAAGGGAGCUGCAUUUGGAUUAUUAGAGCGACGGGAUCGGAUGGCUGGAGAGAUGAAGGGACCACUGGAUUCACUGGGAGGGCACAGGUAUAACAUGCUCGGUCCUUUUGCCUGAGCACCUCAGCUUGGGACAACGCCAGCUAAACUUUUGAACAAGGAACUCACGAAGGUCUCCAGGUCCGGCCGCUCCUCAAGUAGUCAAGAGGAGCUGUUGGCGAGUGAGCUCUGCUUCUCCCCAGGAACGUUAGCUUGUGAUCUUUCUCCUGUUUCUUUGAUUUCCGAUGCAGGAAUACAUUUGUAUUUAUUUUUGAAAGAGCGCAACUCUCGUGUGGGUUAGGAGGAUUCCACUUUGCCUUUACUUUGAGGAGUCUGGCCUAAGGGGGGGGGUUGGUGGGAAGGCAGUCCAUUUUUUAAAAAAAAAGUGUACAGAGACUGUAAUAAUGCUGGUGGAUUUCAAUCACUGCCUUGCACAGCAUGCGUGUGUGAAUGGAUGCAGGGAAGAAUAAAUCAGCCGAUCUAAAUGCA